CUUUCCCAGCCGAGGGCUGUCUGCCUGGCCGGGACUGGAGCUGGCACUGCAGCCACCAGACUUGUUGCAAAAGGCUCGCCACGUUCACUGAGACCCCCCCCCAGCUGGAGGGCCCGUGGGAAGGCAGUGAGCAUCUCUGCUGCCUUCCCCUGCCAGCAAUUCCUCCUCCUCCUCCUCCUCUCACACCCCUGUGUCCCUAUAGCCCUUCCCAGGGCUGCCUCGGGCUCAGCCCACCCGCAGACCCCUUGCCACACACGGGGCCAGCAGCUGAGCACCCACGGAAAAAAAUCACAGGGGAAAACACUCCCAAAUCGCUCACAGCUCAGCCUCGAGCCUGCCCCACGCCCCCCCUGCUCCCCUCCCAGCAGAUACCUCGCGCCAGCCCCUCCAGCUCUGCUUUCUCUACAAGUUGGGAACCGCUCGCUGAUGCUUUAUCAGCUCCUUCUGCCUCAUCCCUCCCCUCCAGCCCCUUCCCAAGGCGGAGGAAACCUCCCCCAGCUGUGCUUUCAUCCCUUCCCAGGUGGAAGCACUCAGCCCCUCGCCCUGCCAGCAGGCUGGGACACCCAGCACGCCGCCCUGGCUCCAUCCUGCUCGGUGCUGGGCUGGCCCAGGAGCGGCUCCUUCCCCAGGGCAGCGACCACGGCUCGCGGGAUGCCGAGCACCACAUAAGGCAGGCCCCGCGAUCGCAGGCUCCCAGGAAAGUUUCCAAGCCUUCAUGUGCUGCGUGCUUCGCCUCCGGCUGCCAAGAGGAUGAAUUUAUUUUUUAUUUUUUUGCUUUGCGCCCUGGGGAUGCUUUUUCCUAAAAGCACGCAGCUCUCAAACGGGAGGGGAAGGGAGAAAAAUGAGUCCUGUCUGUGCACUCAAACAUUUCCCCGGGACUUGAGGGAACGUCGCUGCCCCGCUGCCUCCUCCCUCGUCUCCUGCCUCUGCUGGAGCAGGCACAAAGAGCCGGCUCCCAGCCCUGGGGGCUGUGGGGGGGCUGUGCGGGGUGGCAAAGCGGGCGCUACGUGCUCCGGGAAUGGGAUCCGGGCUCUGCCUUUUGGGUGGGGGCGCAGGGCUCUGCCGCUGAAACUCAGAAAACCCUCGCUGGACAUCGCCCCCGGGGCUCCCAGAAGUUGUGUGGCUGCACCGUGCCACCCGGCUCACCGCUCGGGACCCUCGGCAGCCCCCUGCCCCCUUUCCCUGCAGCCCCCUCUGGAAAGCAGGAGCUCAGCACCCCGCUGCCCGCGGUGCACGAAGCGCUGGGAGCAGCCCCAGCUCCGCAGGCGUGCGCUCUCCUCCCAGCCUCUCUCCCUCUCCUCGCACGCUUUUCCUGCUGCUUUCCCAGGCAGGGGAUUGCCCCGGACACGACUCGGGUUGUGCAGCCUCCUCCUGACCCCCCCCAGCUCGCCCACCAGGCUGGAGAGCCAGAGCCGAGCCCGUGUGUGGUUGGGAGCGUGGGUCGGAGCAGGGGGAGACCAGGGGGGGACCAGGGGGUCCGAAUACGCCUGGCAGCAGCCCCAGCGCCGCCGCUCACGGGACUUUCUUCUGGCUCUCAGCCCCCUCCACCCCCAGCCUUUGCCCCACGCUGAGCAAAACUCCUGCAAAAUAAAAGGGAAAAGGGGAAGGAAACAAAAGACUCCAGCUGCUGAAGAACAGAAAACCCAAGAGAGGAGAGAGAAAAGGAGCAGCAAAACGCCGCCGUGCGUGUGAGAGAGGCCAGAGAGGGCAGGAGCAUCGUGGACCAGUGCAGCAUCCAGGCUGGAUCAAGGAAUUCCUCCCGGUGUCCAAGUCUCGAAUCCACCUUCAAAGGCGCCCUGUUUGGUUUGUAAGCGGCAGCAGCAGGCUGCAGCCUCCGGCCCGUCGCACGUCUGCAGAAAAAAAACAGCAAACGAAGGGGAUGGUGGAGGGGGCCCGGUGAAAUACCCCUGCUCUCGUGGUUUUUUUUUGGCUCUGGGAGAUGCCAGGUCCAGAUGCAGCAUCCCAACCAUCCCCAGCCCCCCGGUGCCACCUCCCCUUGGCUCGUCCCCUCUUCCCGGCCAGCCCCGUUCCCUCCGCAGAGGUUUGCUGCAGAAAUACCGCUCUGGUCUGGCGGAGGUAGGGGAGGAAAUGGCUGAGCAUGAAAGCAGCAGCAGGCAGAGCCAGGACCACGAGGACGGCUUGUCUCGACCACAGGGAGCACAAGGGCCGGCCGUCGAGCGGGUAAAUGGGAAGGGAAGGGGGCUUCAGCACCCAGCCCCUUCCACCAACCUGGCUGUGAAUCCCCUGCAGCCACCCCACAGGAGCAAACAAGGAGCAGCAGAAGGGCUAAGGAUGGGGAUGUGAGCAAGUCUGGGGCAAAAAAGCCCAUUAUAAGUGGCUGCGGGUGGUGGCUCCAGCCCCAGGGCUUUCAAGAAGGGGAAUUUCGCAGCACCGGAGGCUUCUCAAACACCACCGAGCACAGGGCUGGCCCCAGACCAGGUCUGCCUUCCCUGUGUUGCAGCCUGGGGUCCUCAGGAAUAAGAGCCUGAAGUGGCUUUUCAGGCGGAGGAAGAUGUUUAUUCCUUGUGUUAUUACGGCAUCAGCCACCCCAUCCCAAGCCGAGCCUCCCCAGUGCUCGGUGCCGUACAAACACGGAUGAUUUAUGGCGCGGCAUUUCCUUCUGACAGCCAGUUCUUAAAAAUCCCCUCAGAGAGCUAAACAAAAAAUUAAUUUCAGAAAGGAGGGGAAAAAAAAAAAAAAAAAGAAAAAAAGGGCAGGAAACCUGAGCUGCCCCUGCGGCCACUGGGUUGGAUCAGCGCGUGCUUGAUGCGCAACGUCAAAGCAGCCUGCCCUCGGCCAGCACCCCGUGCCUCCGUCCCCAGCACCUCCAACCCACCCUGACCGCGGGUGCUGCUGUGGGUGACCCGGGCAGUGCUGGUGUCAUGGGAAGGGGCCACCAAGAAGGGACAAUGGAAGCCCAGGCAUCCCCCCGAAGAGAUCACUGGUGGUUUGGGACCGCAGCGUGAGGGUGCUGAGCUGCUUUCCCAGGGAGCUGGAGCUCUCCCGGGGCUCCGAGCAUGCCCCCCAGCCUCUCCAUGGGAAGCAGGGGGUGCUGCCACCAGCACCGAGUGGCCACCAGCCUGGAGGAGCAAAUUCCACGUCCCCGGGCUCGCCGUGAGCCAGGGACAGGCUCCUGCCCUGCAUCCCUGCAGCGGGGGGAGCGCGCAGCAGCCCCAUCACGCGAGAGCAGGAGGGCUGGGAAAGCAUCCUCAUGAGCCCGGGAGAAACACUUGGCUGCAAACAAAGCUCUGGAGGUGGAAGUGAGCAAAGGGGAAAAAUAUGCUGCUCCGUAAGGCUCGGAUCCUGCCCUCCCAGCACCGGGAUGCUGCGCACUGUGCUCCCUCCCACGGCUGCGCGCGGGGCAGGGGCAGAGCGCGCCUGCUCCGUGCCCACAGCUCUGCCUCCAGCAAACAUCUGGAGACAGCCAAAAACGCUCCAGGAGUAUGGGGGGGACACAUGCAAGAUGCUCAACCCCCUCCUUGAAUGAAGGAGCUCAGAGCUCAGCUGGGGAGGGCGCUUGGGUCACUUUGGUCACCCCAGCACGGGGACCCUGGCGCACACAAGAGAAAGAGGGUGAGAGGUGGAGGAGGCAACCAGCAUCGCUUCCUCACAGCCAUGCACAUUCCAAAUCCCUUCCUCCCCAGCACAUCCUGGCCUUGCCAUCCACCCCCGAGCACCUCACGCUGCUCAGAGCAAGGAGCAGAAGCCACACAGAGCAGGACGCUGCGCUUCACCAGCUCAGACGGAGAAAGAUGGGGCCAGGCUGGAAAGAACAAGCUGCCCUCACUUCUGAGGGAGAAACACGGCCAAGAAAGCCAGCUGACCUCUGCCCCAACCAGGUGUUUAAAAAAAUAAAGAGCGGAAAAACAAGAAAU